CCUAUCGAUAUCUAGACCAUCGAAAUGUUUUUCUAUGAUAAAAGCCCAACACCUUGUGUAACAUUACUAAAUGCCUGCUAAAUAUUUUAUUGUGACGUUAGAAAAAAAAUACUGUUCAUUCAGGUUAUAUUUUGUAUACUUAUUGAUUUCUGUAUAUCUUUUACAGACUUUUGCAUACGUAACCUGCCAUUAUUAUUAUAUACCCUUACAUCAUUUCAUUCAAGUUAUAUUAAGUAUCGACUGUAUAUUUAUUGCUUGUCAUCACAGUUGCUUUUUUGAUAUAAUUAUAAUUUAAACAGUAAAUACCGGUCGGUAACCGAAUGGGAGUAUUUUUUUUUUUUACGCUUCCAUGCAUCAUAUAUAUAUAUAUUAAUUGCGACGAAAUGGUGUUGUUGACACUAUAGCGCUAGAACCGAAAAAAAAAACAAAACUUGCAUCCCACGUGUGUUUUAUUCACCAUCUUUCGUGCUCUAUGGUUAAGUUUUUCAGUAUACAUUAUGUCUAUUGAAUUUUUGAAGUUUCCAAUACCGCUCAUAAUAAUAUAAAUACAUUUGUUUAUACAUUCUAUGAAAAAAUUAGUUUUCACAAACAAGAAACGUCAAAAAAGAAAAGUAUUGAAUCCUUAUUGGAACGGAAAUCUAUUCUUCAUUCCCAAAAACAUAUAACAGUACUGACAUCAUUUUUCUGUCAUUUUAAGCUGAAAAAUGUCAAAAUCAAGAAAAAGUCUAUCUCUUUGGAUGUCAUGUGACAUCUGUCACUCAAUGAUGACACAAAAAGAAUUGACAGUGCAUGAAGCAGACUGUCCUCCAAAAAACAAAGAUUGGAAUCACAGCUAUAUACUCGAUGGCACUCUGUACAGUGUUUUAGAACCAUACACAUCGCAAGAGCAGCCAAAGAACAUAACGGAGAAAGGUAUGAACAACAUGGUAUUCCUGGCUCCAUCAACUAUGCAAAUGUGUGAAAUCCCCAUUGGCGACCCUGUAAUCAUUGAGGGCAGAGGAAAUUCAAUUGUGAGAACUGCAUGGCCUACGAAUGACAAAACGUUGUUGAGCGUAUCAAUGACAAGAAAAGGAAUCGAGUCCAGCAGGAUAAAUGGUUUGGUAAAAAUAUCAAAGUUAUUAAGCGAUCCGUCGAUCGCUCGUGAAAUAACAAUCUCGUACACGGGAAAAUCUUCAUUGCCGAAAGUGACGCCAGAAUUAGAAUUUCUCGUUAAGAAUCAUAACGAGAGAAGUAUAAUUACCGUUGGAAAUCAUGUAAGCGUUCCUUACUACGGAAAAAAAUUGUCAUUUAAAAUUGUAGCAGUAAAAUCCGACCAGAAAGAUGAUAAUUCACCGGAAAACAGUAUUUCGGAAGGAUUAGAAAAAAUGAAAAUAUCCGACAAAGAAACGGUGAAAAAAUUUUACACGGCUUUGUAUAGCACAAAAUGGAAAAUUCUUUUGGCCACGGAACAAAAGGAAGAAGCGUAUUUGUCUAAAGGAUACUUGACGAUCGAAGAUCUUGGUGGGUACGAAACUCUAAUCAACGAUCUUCGAGACGUGAUAGACGUGGCGCUUGGAAAAUGGAAAAGAAUCAAGGGUUUCAACGUUCCCAGAGGUAUCUUGGUUUACGGCACUGCAGGAGUUGGAAAAUCGGUGAUAACGAACGCCGUCAUGGCCGAGUACGAUGAGGUGAAAAUAUUAUCGAUUAAAAGUUGGGAAAUUCAAAGCAAAAUAGCGGGUGAAACGGAGGCUCGGUUGAACGAAAUUUUUCAAAACUCUCGAAUCGCAGCACCUUGCAUAAUAUUUAUAGAAGACGUAGAUAUUUUAUGUCCGCGAAAGGGUAACACCAACCAGGACAAUGACAAAAAAAUUUAUGCCACCCUCGUCAAAUUGAUCGAUGAUCUCAGAUCGAGCGGGGCAAAUGUCGUAGUCCUUGCAACAACCUCGAGGCCCGAUCUCAUCGAUGGCACUCUCCGUCGAGCUGGAAGACUCGACAAAGAAUUCGAAGUUUGUGCCCCAACGCCCUUAAUGAGAAAAGACAUAUUGAUUAAGAUUUUAAACAAAAUUUCACAUUCUUUGAGUGAUGAGGAAAUUGAAAGAAUCGCAUUUACUACUCAUGGAUUCGUGGCUUCUGAUCUUCAUGGAUUGUGUUCCGAGGCCGCUAUGCAUGCGAUGAAAAGAUACCGUUCCUACGAAAAAUUCGAAUCGGAUUCAGAGACUGAGAUUGUCAUGAAUUUUGAGGACUUGAACACCGCUAUGAAAAUUGCCAAACCAUCUGCAAUGAAAGAAGUUAUUGUUGAAGUUCCUAAUGUUAAAUGGGAGGAAAUAGGCGGACAAAAAGGUCUCAAACUAAAAUUGAAACAAGCUGUAGAAUGGCCUCUUAGACAUCCCGAAGCUUUUGCACGACUCGGUAUAACGCCGCCCCGCGGUCUUCUCAUGUUCGGCCCACCAGGAUGUUCCAAAACCAUGAUAGCUAAAGCCCUCGCAACGGAAAGCAAAUUGAAUUUUCUCAAUAUUAAGGGCCCAGAACUUUUUUCAAAGUGGGUAGGAGAAUCCGAGAGAGCAGUACGUGAAGUAUUCCGUAAAGCCAGGCAGGUAGCACCAUCCAUCAUUUUCAUCGAUGAAAUCGAUGCUCUGGGUGGCGAGCGAGGAUCUUCGUCGAGUUCUGGUGGCAGUAAUGUGCAGGAGCGUGUCCUCGCACAAUUAUUAACAGAACUGGAUGGCGUUACAGCAUUGGGAAACGUAACGUUGGUCGCUGCCACAAAUCGACCCGACAGAAUCGAUAAAGCACUGUUGAGACCCGGACGUCUCGACAGAAUAGUUUACGUUCCACUUCCUGACGCCGAAACACGGACUGAAAUAUUUUCGAUAAAAUUCAGUAAAAUGCCCAUCGCCGAUGACGUCAAUAUCGUGGAUCUCGUCGACCUUUCAGAGGGCUAUUCGGGUGCCGAAGUUCAAGCAAUAUGUCAUGAAGCGGCGAUGAAAGCUCUGGAGGAAAGUCUCGACGCUACUACCAUUACGAAAGAACAUUUUAAAGCAGCUUUCUCAAUCGUUACGCCCAGAACUCCGGCGAGUCUCGUUAAACUUUAUGAGGAUUAUCUUAAUAAUUAUAAAUAAUCACAGUGCAAUUUUUACCACAAUUACGUCAUCUAGCUUUUUUACCAAUAAAAUCGUGCCUGCCAAGUUA